AUGAUUUGUAAAAACCAAAUUUAAAUGAUUUAAGACCUUUCUUCAAAGAAUUUGAAAAUUUUGCAAAUAGAGGUGAAAAAGUAACUGAAUUUGUUACUCCUAGAGAAAAACAAAUACUCUUUAAGAAUAAUGUCAAUAAACAUGACGAAAUUAAAAAAAAUUGAUUUCUAAUAAUAGAUUAUAUAAUAAUAAGAAUUAUAAUCAUUGUAGAAAGACAAUAAUAAUCAAAAAUAUUUAUUUUUCAAAAUCUCUCAAUUCUACAACAAUAGUAGUAUAAUAAUCAAAUUAAAAAUAAACAGAAAAUAAAUAACAAAUUUAGUCUUAAUUAGAGAAUUAUCAAUUUAAGCUAGAUUAUAAUUAAGUUAAAAAAUUUAAAAUGAACAAUGA